CUAGCUAGGUUAAACGCGCGUCAUGUCGUGUGGCGUAGCUAACUGGCUAAAUAAAAAUGCAUUGGCAUCCAUAGCAAGCUAAUGUCAAAUCGCUAUAACACUUAGUCGUGUAUUUAGACUACCCUACGUUACAUAUAAUUACGAUAGUUUAGUACGUAAAAUAAUUUAAAUCACCUUUAGUUGGCUCUACUCAUUGAGGUACGGAGUUAUGACUGCCUAAUACGAUGGCCUGCAACAUCUAGAAUUUGGUAGCUAUGUAUUUACUUGUAUGCAGUUUAUAAAAUAGCUAUUUGGAGUUUGUAGCUUGCAAUUGUCUGGGGUUGAGAUCGUCUCAUUUCAACGUAGUUUCCUGCGAAGUUUCUCCCGUAUUCAGUCGAUUUUACCGAAGCGAGUUGUCAAGUUUAAACCAGAAGAGGUUCGAAGAAGCUAUGUUUGUGAAUGGAAAAGUGGAACCAUCGGAACUGCCGCCACCGCAGAAUGUCCGGAUUGAGUCGAAGAAUCUGCAUAAUGAGCUCCAUUGGUCCGCGGUGAACGAGACGUUCCCUGUGGAAUACGCAGUUCAGUUUUACUUUCAUGAAAACUUCGGCUGGCGUGAUGUUCCGUCCUGUUCGCCGACCAGUGCCGUGUACUGUGACUUCAGCUCUGUGGGCAGUCCCUCUGUAAAUUUAACUCUGAGGGUCCGAGCGCGGAGCGGGAACCAGACCUCCGCCUGGAGCAAGUCCGAACCGUUCCUCCCCCAUGAACAGACUCGCUUGGGGCCCCCGGAGGUCACGCUGUUCCCAGGGGUCCACAGCAACUCCCUGCGGGUGCAGAUGAGCAUUGCCCAUCCCAAACUCAAGGAAGAGUAUGGGGUAUCUCUGAAAUACAGGGUCGUCUACUGGGAGCAGACCAGCGUUACUCAUGAGGUGUAUCUCAAAACGUCGAACUCCAGCAUAACACUGAAAUCCCUGAAGCUUGGAAGAAACUACUGUGUGCAAGUGCAGUAUACCGUGCCGUAUGCCACGCGGUUGAGAGUGGGUGAUCUGAGCACUCCCGUCUGUACCAGCGUUCCAGACGACAAAGAGAUUUCUAGAAGGACCGAAGCCAUCGUGGCAGCGGUGUGCGUGGUCCUCUUUGGGGCGCUGAUAUGCGUGUGUCUCUUGGCCAUUCUCAAAAACUACGACUUCCUGAAAAGGGCCCUGCAGCCGGCCAUUGGCCCGCCUGACCAUCUUCACGCGUUCUUGAAGGAGGAAUUUAAUCAACUGCCCAAUUCCAAUGUUACCACUCCUGAUCCGGAGGAAUCGGUGACCUAUGUCCAUGAAGAUGAGGAAAAGGACCUCCUCGGUUGUCUUUAUCCUGUUCCCCCUUCCCACGCUGCCCCGGGAAACAGCCUGUCAGACCCGCGUCCCCGACAGCUCUGACCAGGCUAAGAUGCAGCCAACUUGCAGUUGGACCGGGGUUCGAUUCCCGGUCCUACCAAAAAGGCAAGUUUGCCUCUUGUGGAGCGGCCUAAUUGGCUCACCGCUCCAGAGAGAGGGGCUUGGCAAGGCUACGGAGCCCACGCCCACGCACUGUCACAUGGGCAUGUAGAGGCGGGUACCCGUUCCAUAAACCAACCAUUCACUCGUGUGGAUUUAGCGAUGUCUCACAGCUUUCCGACACUCCCAGAAACCUUAGCAUCCCCGUUAUUGGCACUGGCGCGAUUCAUCCACAGGGUACCUGUGGGGCCUGGACCUGCUGCCAGCUGCACUCUGGAGUCUCUCUAACUACCAGUGUCUUUUACACUACGGCUAAUGAGCUCUUAUUGUUCUUAUUCUUGUCUAAUUCUUAUUGGUAGUUUAUGAUAUUUCUACCGGGUCAUAAUGUAUUUUUCUUUUCUUUUUGUUGUCAUACUGUAUGUUGGAGACUAUACAAGUAUUCUAGCUGUAUUCUUGCUGUCUUCUAGGCUCGAGUAGGAGAGUUUCCCUAUAAAAAUGUAGCUUUUAAUUCUACCAUAGCCUCUUGUAGCACAGUGCUGGAGAGGAUUUCUCUUACCUCGGACAUAUUUCCUCCACUAAAGCUAAUGCAGUUUUUUUUUUUUAAAACAGCAGAAAAGAAAGAGUUUGUGCGUUAUGUCAUGACUCUUAGAACUGUUUUGAGGGGGAAAAAACAUCAUACAUAUACACUAGACUUUUGUAAAUAUGUUCUGUCAUCUAAGUUUUUUUUUUAAUGAAGCAUCACUAGAGAGUCUCUGUGGGAGUAUGUCUUUCUUGUACUGUUCAGUUGUGCCUUGCAUUACUAUGUGUGCUCUGAGGCAUUUCAACUUUGUUCAGACUUCAGGAGAUUGCACAAUAAACACUACACUUCAUGGAAAGGUUGCCUAACUUCCUCAUCUGCUGUCCUGGCACUAUUUCACUUGAAUUGUUCUUGUCAGUCCCACAGACUGUUAGGCAAUUACAUCUAUGAUAAUGUCAAACACGAAUGCGGUCAAACAUUUUGUCACUGUUUCAAAGGAAAUUGAUAUUAAACAAACUUGGCACACA